AUGUGCUGGGGCCGGAAGAAGGUGAAGGGAAAGAACGUGGCCCCGAAGGCCGCCCUCGAAGCCAAGGGACUCGAGCAGGGCGACCCGUCGAAGAAGGACAAGUCGGCGCGCGGCAAGUCGGGCAACAAGUCCGGCGGCAAAUCGGGCGGCAAAGCGGGCAAAUCGGCCGGCGCCAAGGCCAAGUCAAAGUCCAAGUCGAAGCCAAAGUCGAAGGCGACGCCGGUGAACAAGUCGAAGAAGCCGGUCAAGCCGGGCACGAUCGGGGCCGGUGAUCCCGGAGCAACACCUAUGCCCGCGAAGGGAGCAGCGGCAGGUGGAGCAGGAGCAGCAAAAGGAAAGGAGAAGGAGAAGGAUGAUCGCACACAGGAAGCCUCCCAGAUGCAGCCGUCGCUGCCCCCAAUGGAUGAGCGCCAGAUAAAGACGGAACGGACGCAGAGUGCCGAGGCCGCUAUUAAUUACCCGUGGCACAAGGCGGAAUGUGAGGCGAUCGACCCGGUGAAGGUGACCGUCGAGAGGGAGGACGUCGAGAAGGAGAUUGAGGGCAAAAACCCGGAAUACGUGACGCUGACCGGGUUCAACCCCGACGAGAUGUGGCCCGCCUUUGUCAUCAGUGAUGCGGCCGGGGACACGAAGGGCGCCGGAAACACCAAGUCGGCCAUGCGAUUGUCCGGCAAAAGGGCGGCGCGCGAUUGCCGUACGCAACGUUCCCAGAUUUCCGGACAGCGA